UCUAGCUAACCAUGAAGUGUCCACCAUCAAUCCACCAUCAUGGUAUGUAGUGCUCAGUUUCAUAUCCUCAUGUCUUUCAAUAGCCAGUAAUUUAUGCCCUCGAGUUAACUUAACCAAUGUUCCGAUCGCUCUUAGUAUAUCAGAGCUUGAGCUGAGCAUUGAUGUGUAAUGAGAUCAUGGGCAACAACAACGUCACUGGUCAACAAGUAUCAGAAGAUCCCGUUCAAGGUGUCGGCAAAAUCAUUGAGCCCUCAAAUGGUUCAACUGGGCUCAACGACACAAACACUGAGAAAAAUACUGAGAAGGAUGGCACUCAGGAUACAAAUAUGUCAAAGUCCUUAAAGGACUCCAUCAUUUCCAAUGGUGGAGAUGAACAAGUGGCCUCUUAUCGAAAUAAUUCAUCAUCUAAGAUUGAAGGCUUAGAUGAGAAAAGCAGGGGCUCGAUUCAGGACAAUGCAUCAACACAAGAUGAUCAGAGUGGUAACUUACCAAAAGAAGAUCAUGAACUAGUGAAGGACGAGACAACUGAAACAGCUAUAUAUCCUGCAGAAAUAAUUUUUCCUGUCAGCACCACCAUUGAAGAUAUGAUAAGCAUCAAGGAUAGUUCAGUAUCUAGUGAAAAGGUCAAACAAAUCGUGCAUGGGACUCGAGACAGGAGCGGAGAAAGUACUGUGGGUAAUUUCAGAUCAUUGUUAGAGGAAAAUAUAGAAGGGUCACUAGAAGAUGAGGAAGAAUCUAGAAGCCAUGAAAAUGCACCGAUGGGUGGCAAUCUCUCUGGUGAAGAUACAAAUGAAAUAUUACAACAAGGACACAUUGAGGUGUCAACAGUAGAGGGUCAGUUGAUGCAAAUGCAAGGAGAAACUACAUCGUCAACUGAAUCAAUUGUCAGUACUUAUCUUGAUGCAGAUGAUUCUGAGAUUAAGGAAGUUGUCAUAGAAGAUAAGCCUAGACAAAAAGACAGUCCAUCAUAUGUGCAACUAUUAGAUGCCACAAAUAUGAAGACAUCCAAGGAUUAUAUCACAGAAAUACCACAAGUAAUCAGUGCAGUCACCACAACAACAAUAGUAGAGCCUAUGAUUGUAAGUGAUGAAGCAAUUGAGGAAGGAGAGAAUAUACAUGGAUAUGAAGAUAUUCCAGAGUAUAGUGCACCUGAUAAUCUCUAUAAUGGCGAAUUUGCUGCAAAAUUUCAGCCAUAUCUAAGAAAUCCAAGUGUAAUAAAGGAACAAGAACCGGAGAAACAUGAAAUAAAUGAGAGGGUAGUUGUAUCAAGAAAGAUUUCAGAUUCUGUUACUACAACAGUGGAGCAUAGUGGCAUUGAAAGAACAUACAUGAAGGAAGAUGUUGACAAAACUGUCGCAGUUCAGAAUCUAGCAUAUAAUUUUGAACAGGAGAAGGAGCCUGAGGAAUAUGAUGGUAACUUAGUCAGUCCUGUUGAGGUCAAUGGAAAGGAUUUGACAUGCUUACACUCAUCUUCAUCACAUCAUCUUCUUACUGUGAAUGACGAAAAAGAACAAAGAGAAGUCAAUGGAGUAACUGGAAUACUAGAGUGUGAUAAAGAGACAGUGAAAGAAAUUUUAGAACAAGGUAAUAAGGUAAGUAAUACAGAAGGAUUAGGUCAAAACAUUGAUGCACAGGUAGCAGCAAAGGAGGGAGGAGACUUAUCCAAUUUACCAAUGACCACAUCAUCAAGUCCUCUUCUGUUACUAGAAGAUUUUGACAAGGGAUGUAUAAAGCUUGAUAUCUCAGAUAGUAAUGAAGGGACCAUCACCUCAACAUAUAACGCAAGGACCAGAGAUACACAAGAAACUAUAACCAGCUCACAAGGUGAUCGGUCUCAGCAGAUACAGUUUGAAGAACAUGACGUUGUAAAACUUGACAACGGUGAGAUUCUUAGCACUUGCAUGCAGUUGGUGGAGAACAGCUCAAAGAUAGGAAAAAUCUUUACUGAUGGUUCUAACCACAAGAAAGUAGGUGUGAACGCUACGUCGAUAAGUUUUACUAUUGAAUCCAACCAGGAGGGUUCUACAACAACCACUACAGCUAUAGGCUUUACUGCUGAAUGCAACCAGGCGAAAGACACAACAGGUGUUGAUAGGGCUACAGAGGAACAAUAUAUUCUUCAGACAUCAACUCAUGUUAAAGAAGCUAGUGAAGAGACUCCACUUCUUCAGAGAGUUGAGAGCAUAUGUUCUUUCAGUCAUUCUACUGAACAGCAUAGCAAAGUAGGCAUGGGCAUGCCCAUGGCUGACAUCUCUGUGAUGCAAUUUAAAGUCGAAGAUGAAGAAGAAUCUGAGAAGAGCCCACUGUUGAGCCCCAGGGAGCCAUCAGGAGGAGACUUCAGAGUACCAAAUCACUCUGCACGAAACAAGAAACCAUUUCAGAGCUUAAUGACAGAGGACGGGGUUGGUAUGUUGUCUCCACUGAAGGAACAAGAAUCGAUCCCAAAUAACAUUGUCUUGGUUAGUUCUCCAAGAAGCAGAGGAAAACAGAAGACAAGAUCUUCCUUUUUCACCAGUUGCAUGUGUUGUGCCACACCUACAAACUGAUGUUUUGCUACAUGUGUGUUCCUUUUCUUUCUGAAUUCUUCAGUGCUUGGUUAAUUACUUUGCCCAACAGCUUUAUGAUAAAGUUGGUGCGGUGAAAAAUGUAUUGCAGGUGUCAAGAUCAAGAAUUUUGAUAUACCACACUUGUAUUUGAUUGGGUAUUUAUAAAACUGUCGUCUUCUUUGCACUGAUGUAUCUGAUCAGAAGAAUGAACGCCAUGGGUUUUACACCAACAGGCAACAAUC